GCUCAGUGUGAAGUGGAGGAUGCGGCGUUCUGGCGGCGAGUUAACGACGUCAACACAACGUGAAGGAUGGCGGGGGGCAGGUUCAGUGUCCGCUGCUUACUUCUCGGCAUUUACACCUUUUUCGUAUUAAAGGCGUAUUGCACCACACACUGGGUCGUUACUGAAGAUGACAAGAUUCAGGCACAGAUGGACUCCAUAUUCCAGCUGCGGCGGCCGUACGACUUCUUGGCACUGGCCCAGCAGGAGCAGCGGGCCAUGCAGGUGGAGUCCCUGAAGAGAGAACUUGUUUCCCAAAAGUCACAAAUUGACCGUAACGAAGACAAGGACACACAGUUAGAGGAAAGAAUAUAUCGCACUGAUUCUGACUGUGUCUUGGCUGGACGACCUCUAACAGAGUUUGACCUUUAUGCCAGCACAGUGGUUAACAUGGAGAGUGCUGGCAUCAGGCUUGAGGAACACCUUGGAACUCCUCCUGGAGAGUCUGAGGCACUGUUAGAACCAGAAUGUGUCCUCACCUUUGAGCUGCCUUUCUCCAUGAUGGCCUACGAACACCUUGAGGGCGUGCGUUCCCGAGACAACCUAACGGCCAGCAUUGAGGAGGAGCUAUCUGCCGUGGGAGGUGAAGGAAAUGUAUCUGUGUGGGGCCAUCGGGUUGCCACUGGACUGGUGAAGAAUGCCACCUCCUGGGUUCUGUAUUCCCUGGCCACUCAGUACUGGAGGGUGAAGGCCGAACCCUACCAGGCUGUAGAGUGUGUGAGGAGGGCACUUCACUUUGCUCCAAGACACUUUCGAUACAUACCAAAAGUUCACCUUGGCAACAUCCUACACCGAGCACGUCGGUCUGAUGAGGCAGUGUUGGUCCUUCAUGCCGCCAUUGACCACUUCCGUAACUCCCCUAUGGCCCACAUCACCCUGGGCAACGUGUAUGCGACAUUGGCCUUCUAUAAUGUAUCUGUGUUGUGCUUUGAAAAUGCUCUAUAUAUGUCUCCAGGAGAUCAGAGUUUGCGACGAAGAAAGCAUGCUGUUCUAUGCCAUUCUAAGCUGGAGGCAGCAUUGGAGAACCAGCACCAGUCACUCCAGAGAACACUAGGGGAGUUAAGAGACUACCAGAAGCGUCAUGAGGAGUGGUUGUCAUUGCAGCAAAAAUUGCUUCUGGAACAGGCAACACCAGAAAUGAAAUUAGAAUCCCGAUUGGAAUAUGAAGAACAGAAAAUAAGGGAAAGCACAGAUGGAAGAGGGCAAGACUGUUUUCAGUACCAGCAAGAUGGACAUACAUUUCUCAGUUGUAACAUGAGGAGAGAUCAGCUGGAACAGCGGGGCUCCCCAUCAGAGCUGUUGUUGGAUCUCCAAAGUCUUUUGCAUACAGUGGAGUCUGAAGCACUGAGGCUGGGCCAACAUGUGCUGAAAAGGAAACCAUUACUGAUGUCACAGAUGCCUCAGAUAACACCCCUACACCCAGCUAAAACUUAUAGGAAUGGUGGAGGGACAGGAGUGCUGGACAUGGCACUUGGUGAAGGAUUUCCUACAGCUGAACAGUGUGAGAAGGCUGCUCCUUUGCCUCAGUGGGAUGAUUUUCCUUCAGUCUUUCUUCCUGCAGAGAACAAAGGAUUCUCUGUGGAUCGCUUUCUGAGUGAUGACAUUGAUGUGAGCUUCAGCGAGGAGCAUCCCCUCCCAUGGCAUCCUCCCAUCUGUGAGCGACUGACAGAUACAGUUGAAGGCAUUGAUGACAUUCCCGGCAUCAAGGAGCGGCACACUCUCACUACUCGCAGUCGAGACCCCCAUGCAGUGCCUUACCUUCUCAAGUACGGCCACCAGGGCAUGGAAGCAGAGAUUGGCCAGCGCAUCAGCAGUGCGAUGAAAAAGGGUGUUGGGCCACAGUGGCUGCUGUACAACUUGGCAGGGUUGUACUGGAGGGUGCACGGGAACCUUUACAAUGGCAUUGAAUGCUUGCGGCGGGCAGUGGCCACAGCUCCUGAAGAAUGGCGGGAUGUGCCACUGGUGAACUUGGCAGCACUUCUGUACACAGCUGGGCACAUUGAUGAUGCCCUCACCCUCACCCUUCAGGCCAUGAGUGUGGCAGACCAUGAGCCUGAAACCAAUUUUUUGUUGGCCAACCUUUAUUGCGGGAAGGGCAACCUGACGGGCGCUUGGCAUCACUAUGAGAGGGUGUUAGCAGCUUCACCCACUCAUUCAUCUGCUCUCCAAUAUCUUACUGCUCUUGCCUGCCACACACGGCCUCCUCGCUCCACACACCCCUUGCCCACCUGCCAGAACCAGCAUGGAGGCAUGGAGGAAGGUGUUUGCACAACUGAUGGAGGUUGCCAGGCUACUCUUGACACAUCUGUGGAAGAUAAGAAUGGCUUGGAAGAGGUCAUAAGUUUAGAUCUUGAUAAUGAAGCUGAUGAAGUAGAGGAAGUGGAAGAUGAGAAGGAAAAAGGAAUUGAGAAAGAAAAGGAAGAGGAGGUGGAGGAAGGGGAACCAUUAGGCCCUACAGACCGUGAGAUGGCAGAGGACUCCAUCAAAAAAAUAGAAGACCCACAGGGACCAGACACCAAGGUUAGCUCCACCAAUAAACAAAUCCAUGUGCGCAUUGGGGUGAGUACUGAGGAGUCCUCAGCAUCAUUCAGUGCCAGUGGGUCUGAGAGUGUGGGAGGCAGCAACAGCUUCAGCAGUGGCAGUAGUAGUAGUAGUACUGGUGGCAGCAGCAGUGGCAGCAGUAGCAGUAGUAGUAAUGGCAAUGGUAGCGGCAGCAAUGGAGCUAGCAGCAGCAGCAGCAGCAGCAGUUCCAUGAGUGGGUCUGACACAGCAGUGGUAGAAGAUGACCCCUUACCUGAUGUGCUGCUGCGGGUGCGAGAGAGGGUAGCCUCUCCUCCGCCUCCACCUCAUGUGUGUGAUAGAGCCAACAAGCUCAGCGAUGUCAAGCACUUCACCUCCACCUGGCUUUCUGUCUCAGCCAAAAGCAUAGAUAUUGCUGAAUAUCUGGUUCCCAGUCCUGCUGUGGGCACUCAGCUGGAAGAGCCUAUCUGUCGAGGGGACCUGCCAGCCUCUAUGCAUACCUUGGAUCACCUGGCUGGUAUUAGACACCGGCAUCUGCUACCUCACUUCCCAGAGAUGGGACUGAGGGAGGCUCUUCAGACACUCACUGAUCGCACUCCAGUCUCUGUUGAUCUAAUGGCUACCAGGAUUGCCAGAUCCCUUGCUAAGAAUGAGACCUCAUGGGUGGUGGCAACAGCAGCAGCCCUGUACUGGAGAGUGGUGGGCAGCGGGGAGCGUGCUGUGGACUGCCUCAGACAUACCCUCCAUUAUGCACCUCGGCACAUGAAGGACAUCCCUCUUAUAUCCUUGGCAAAUAUCCUUCACAGGGCAGGGCUCUACAAUAAUGCUCUUGUUGUAGCAAACAUGGCAUUAGAAAUAUCCCCAAAGUUUGUAGUCAUUCAUUUUACAAUGGCUAAUAUUUAUGCUGCCAAGGGUGAUAUGGAGAAAGCCACUGCCUUUUAUCAGUCAACCUUAGCAUUGCAGUCUUCCUUUGAGCCGGCUCGGGACAGACUAAGAGCAAUACAGUGUGCAACGCUUGGGGAUGAAAACUCUGCAAAGAACUGAAGUAUUGUUCUUUAUUUUCUUUAUAUUUCCUUUUAAAAAGGAAUAACACUAAAAGUUUUUAACAAGAAGAGUAUGUAAAUAUUGAACUGUUGAAAAUAUGCAUUGUGCAUCAUGAAGUGUUUUCCAGAGCUUUAAUGUAGUAGUAUAGAACUUGCGUAUUAGCAACACCAUUGUUCUUGACUCCUUGUGGGAAUAUGGAGAUUUUGAGAUGGACUUUUUCACAUAGUGCUAAAACACUAUUACUGUGGUUUUCUAUGUACUAUUGAGUCCUAUUAGUCUCCUUUUUCUUUCUAACUCAUAUUACUGGGAAACUCUUGUUCUUCUAACAAAUUUAGUUAUUAGCAACAUUGAUGACAACAACAACUAGUUGGGAAUUUCUUGCCUGGUAAAAAGUUUCAAAAUUGUCAGUGAAUAUUUACACACUCAUUUUCAGUACUUAGUGAUAGCCAGGAAGAUCUACACCAUUUCGUCAUGUUCUGGCAGUUAUGGCAAACAGAUGGUAGUGUCUUUUCUAUUAUUCCAAAACUAUUAAGCUAAGUUUUCUACCACAGAAAUCUUUUUUAGUUCUGUAGGAAUUUCAUAUUUGAUUUAAGUUAUCUCAAUGAAGGUGGACAAAUCCUUCAUUUUGAUAUAUCUGGCAACCCAACAACUGUUGUCACUGCAUCCUGCAUAGUCUGCCAAGGUGCUUCUGUCACCUUGCAACUGACCCAUCUUAAACCUGUCCUGAGUGAAGUCUGCCUCCAGUCUGUGUGGUCACUAGGGAAGCCCACAGAAGACCAUACCCAUACUCAUUUGAUAUAAGGAUUUUUGUGUAUUCUGUUAUUAUUAUUAUUAUUGUUGUUGUUAUGAUAAGAAGUUUUAUAAUUUUAUUAUUGUUAUUAUUAUUAUUAUUAUUAUUAUUAUU